AUGGGCACGCUCUUUCUGCGGACGGCCAGACGGUGCUUCGGAUUCCUAAGCUUUUCCAGGGGUCUGAGGACCUCGGUGAACCAGCACGGGACUGUAGCUUGGGGGUCAGUCCUCUUCAGGUGCUUAGUGCUCGGCGGCCCUCCCAGCCGCUUUGCAGCUUCUCGCCUGACACCUUGUGCUGCCCAGGGCUACGGGCAUCUCCUUGCCGUGUUGAAAGGCUGGAUGGGCCCCGCCGUGCUCGUCUGCCCGUCCAUCUGUCCCGGGCACCCGGCUGGCCCACCCUUGGUGGACAGCGAGCUGGGGAUGCGGUCUGCAGACGCGUGCCCAAGGCCCUGCUUUCAGUCUUCCGGGGCAGAUAUCCAGCGGCGGAAGUGCUGGACCUACGGCCAGUCUCCAGUCUCCAGGAAUGGCAGGACGACUCUCGGUGCAAUUCGGGCGCAGCAGUCACCCGGUCCCACCAGCUCCUGGAGCCGUGGCCAACCUGCAGCCACCUUCAUCACCAUCAAGCCGGACAGUGUGCAGCGUGGUCUGGUGGGCGAGAUCAUCGAGCGCUUUGAGCAGAAGGGAUUCCACCUCGUGGCCAUGAAGUUCCUGCGGGCCUCGGAGGAGCACCUGAAGCAGCACUAUAUUGACCUGAAGGACCGCCCGUUCUUCCGAGGGCUGGUCAAGUACAUGAACUCGGCAGUAGUGGCCAUGGUCUGGGAGGGGCUGAAUGUGGUGAAGACAGGCCGAGCGAUGCUUGGGGAGACCGAUCCAGCAGAUUCGAAGCCAGGCACCAUUCGUGGGGACUUCUGCAUUCAAGUGGGCAGGAACAUCAUUCAUGGCAGUGAUUCAGUAAAAAGUGCUGAAAAAGAAGUCAGCCUGUGGUUUAAGCCUGAGGAAUUGGUUGACUACAAGUCUUGUGCUCAUGACUGGCUCUACGAAUGAGGGGACAAGAACAGCAGCC